UGCAGGCAGUCCAAGCCACUGACACUUAUGGAAAAUAUAAAACAAACACUCAGAGAACGGAAGGAAGCGUAAAUAUGUACAGAAACGCUUAACAAACUGUAAAGCCGUCGAUUUAAGAGCGUUUCUCUGACGUCAUUACGCAGUAACGUAAACAUCCUGCCCACACAUUCAUUCGUUCGUUGAUACAUAGAACAUUUUGAUGGAACGCGCGUUUGUUGGUGUUGUGGUGCGUUGGUUCCAUAUUAUCUCAAGAUCUUAGUCGUUUUUAUUACGUUGCAAUGUUUUCCGAAGGCGCAAGUGUUACUCUGCGCUGCACCUGCUAAAGCGGUGGUUGCGUGAGUUUACGUUAAAACUGCGCAUCAGUUGAGUCGGUCGAGGUCGUUUUCAGUUAAAGGACAGCCAGGCUGUCUGCCUCAGCUACCAAUCACAUGUCGACGGAGGAUCUGUCCACUUCCGACAGCGAGGCUGCCAUCGCGGGAGCCGGGGAGCGCUGGGCGCCGGUAGGAGCCGUGGCCAGUCCGGAGGAUGAGCGGUUGAAGAGGGGCACGCGAGCUGGCUCUGUCUCGUCCAGCGAUUCAGACCUGGUAUCCAGACUGAGGAAGCUGCAGGAUGAGCAGGAGCAGCUGAACUCGUCGCUCCUCGCGUUAACGUCUCACUUUGCUCAAGUGCAGUUUCGGCUGAAACAGAUCGUCCACGCGCAGAGCGACGAGAAAGAGAGGAUGCUGCUGGAGCUGGAAGAGUUUGCAUUCAAAGGAUGCCCUCAUGUUAUAGGCUGCAGGGCACAGGAUGCUCAGAUGAUGGAAAACUCUGAUGAAUUGAAUGAAAGAGAGAAGAGGGAACGCUUGGAAGCUCAGAGAAACAAGCAGAAGGAGCUGAUUCUCCAGCUGAAGACUCAGCUUGAUGACCUGGAGCGCUUCGCCUACCAGGAGGGCAGCUAUGACUCCCUGCCUCAGUCUGUGGUGAUGGAGAGACAGAGGGUGAUCAUUGAUGAGCUGAUUAAGAAGCUGGAUGUGAAUCUGAAUGAAGACAUUGGGAACCUGACUCCAGAGGAGCUGCGACAGAGAGUGGACACCGCUAUAGCUCAGAUAGUCAACCCGGCUCGAGUCAAAGAGCAGCUGGUGGAGCAGCUCAAGACCCAAAUCAGAGACCUGGAGAUGUUCAUUAACUUCAUACAGGAUGAAGUGGGGAACCCUCUGUUAAAUGAUGGUGUGAAGAGCCAGCAGGCCCAUGCUACCGGACCAAACACUGGAGCCACAGGAGGGAUGAAGCGAGUGGAUCCCGAACAGGCCCAGAGGAUGCGGGAAACCGGGCUUCAGCUGAUCCAGAAAGCCUUAGCGGUGCUCCAGAUCUUUGCACUGAGUCAGUUCGGCUGCGCUGCGGGCCACAUUCCCCAGAACCUGUGGUCUCAGGGUGGCGAGGCUCAAGAUUACGCCCCCUUGCUGCAGAAACUCGAAGGAGCCGUGGAGCACGUACGUUGGCAAGCCUCCUGCCAGCAACCAAACUCUCAGGAGGAACACGUGGUCAGUUACUCUACCUGCCUGUUGCCUGGAGGACAUCGGGAUGAACUCACCUCUUCUGUGCGUAAAGAACUGGCUUUGGCACUCCGGGACCUGCUAGCCCAUGGACUGUAUGCUCCUUCCCAGGGUAUGAGCUUGGUCCUUGCCCCCAUUUCCUGCCUGCUGCCCUUCAGCUCUUCUCCUCAGACUCUGCAUCCCUGGGAACUUUUCAUCAACUACUAUCAUUCCAAAAAUGGACGGGCAUUUGUAGAAUCGCCCGCUCGGCAGCUCUCUCAAUCCUUCAGUUUACCUGUAGGGGACGGUCCUGUGACGGUCACUCCCAAGCAGUCUCUGUUAUGGGCCAUCCAUACAGUUCUCAAAGAGCAUGCACGAUUCAAGCGUAGCGCGGACUCUGAGUUUAAGGCCUUAGUGUGCAUGGCACUCAAUGAGCAGAGGCUUGUGUCCUGGCUCAACCUGCUGUGUAAGUCUGGGACGCUCAUCCACUCACACUACCAGCCCUGGAGCUACAUGGCCCAAACAGGCUUUGAAGGUGCCCUGCGCAUCCUGGGCCACCUCAGCCAUCUCAAAUUCAGCCUUCCUGUAGACCUGGCUGUCAGGCAGCUUAAAAAUAUCCAAGAUGCUUUCUAAACAGAAUGAAAUUAUGGGCAUUUUGGCAGGUUGAGGAAAAAAGGGAACCCUCCCAAUCCUCAUAAUCCAUAAAUUGGGAUAGAAAAAAAACAAUAAUUACAAUAUAAUACUAAUAUAUAGCUUGACACAAAGUUUAAAUCAAAUUAAAAGAUACUCCCAAAUCAACAAGUCCACUGGAAUUAAAAAAUCUGAAAUGAGGAAACUCCUGCACUUUCUAGAGACUCUGUGUUGCUGUUGGGUCUUGUCUCUAAACUGAAGAGGAUGAUGAUGAGCCUUUUCAGGUUUUAAUAUGCUGCACUGGUCACAACUUAAAGGAAAUGUGCUCAGUUUAGUGACCCUGAGCGUGUAACUGCCUCCACAUAACCUUUGAGGGGAUUUUUCCUUUUAAGCUUUUACCAAAAUCAACCACUAUGUAGAAAAAUGAUUUAUUACUUGAAAUCUUUUCAAGGGCCAUUCCUUUUGAUUGAGAUGCACUACUAUAUACCGUAUUUUCCGGACUAUAAGUCGCACUUUUUUUCAUAGUUUGGCUGGUCCUGUGACUUAUAGUCAGGUGCGACUUAUUUAUCAAAAUCAAUUUGACAUGA